AUGCACUCGAUAAGACAGUUGGACGAUUCAGUGGUCACGCAAAUACGCUCACACACUAUCCUCCACUCAUUGGACCUGGUGGUAAGAGAACUCUUACAGAAUAGUGUCGAUGCCGGCGCUGACAAAAUCACCAUCAAGAUAGACCCAGUUUCGUUGAGCGUAUACAUUCAUGAUAAUGGACCCGGCAUCACCCCUGAGGAUUUGGAAAAGGUUACCCUACAACACUAUACCUCCAAAUGGCAGGCAAAGACCUUUGGUUAUAAAGGAGAGGCGCUCUUUGCGUUAAAGGCAAUUUCAAAUCUUACCAUUAUAUCCAAAGCAGAUGGGUACUCGAGCCCAUUCAAGCUAACCAAUCAAGUUGCCAAGUUGUAUGAUGGCUACUCCUUCGGUUACUUCCAGGUUGGCGAUAUCAACCCACAUGGCACAGUGGUAAUUGCUGCCAACAUUUUUAAAAACAUGCCCGUUCGAAGACAGACACCACCAAAACUUGAAGCAGUUAAGGUGGCUAUUUUGCAAUCACUAAUAAAAAAGCCUUCGGUUGGUCUAACCGUGUUGCUUGUCAACCACACCACAUUCCAGCUUGAUCGGUUAGUAUCCAUAGACGGCUCCGACUACCCCACCCUAUUGUUCCAGCUAUUUGGAAUAAAAACAAAAUUCGACCCUGUGUCUGCACGGUUUAAGAAUAUCAGGAUUUCAGGGAUAAUCGGCAGAUCACCAAUAUCCCCAAAACACCAGUACUUCUUUGUCAACGAUAGACCAGUCACACUAACUCCCCAAGAAUCAAAGCGCCUAAACGAGUUGUUUACCACAGGGAAUUACAAGUAUCCCACAUUUAUAUUUAGAGCCCACUAUCCGAAACAACACUCCCAUGACUGUUAUACUUGGAAUAUAGUACUCCGCAUUGUGCAUAAGAUUAUCAGCAAGUUUCUAGAAGUCCCUCAAAAAGAGCCACCUGUGAAAUGUCUGACCGGCCCGAUGAAGCGAAGCGACAAGUACAUGCUAUCCACAAAAGCAAAGUUGGGGUUUUUGAAAGAGAAUGAAAUUAAUGGGCUAGUCGAUAAUCGGAUGUAUCACGUAAAGUCAACACCCCUACCCAGAAUGCCAAAAAUCGUCCAUCCAGAACUACCCCGUUGCUCAUGCACUGACCACUCCCCUUUCACCAAUCUUUCCUUCUCACGAGAGGACUUGGCGCCUGGAAGAUUCAAAGUAAUCAACCAAAUCGAUCGAAAGUUUAUAUUGUUGACAAUAGCCGACCAGAUAGUUGUGUUGGACCAGCACGCAAGCGACGAACGAAUCAGAGUUGAACAGUAUUUGCAAGAAUUCGUGGAGCAACGCCACCCUGGUUUGAGACUCCAGAACCCAGUCACCUUCAUCUUGCAUCCUUCAGAAACGGUGUUGUUUGACCAAUAUGCACCCAACUUUAAUACUUUUGGUAUACAUUUUGCUACGCAGAGUGACCGGGUGGUAAUCACCCACUUGCCAUUCCUUCUUACUAAAAUAGAGAACGACCUUCUUAAAGAUUCGUUGCUACAACACUGCUACGACUUGGCUGACCACGUCAAACGUGUACACAUCGACUGCAACAACUGGUUCGAAACAUCGUACCACUUGCCUCGCAUCAUAACCGAGUUGAUCAACUCCAAGGCCUGUCGAUCAGCUAUAAUGUUUGGCGACAUUUUAACAAAAGACGAAAUGUAUCAAAUCGUCACCAAACUCAGUCAGUGCAAGCUCCCAUUUCAGUGUGCCCACGGAAGGCCGUCUAUAGUUCCAAUAGCAAACAUCAUAUAA